AUGGACGUAAUAUCAGUGCCCGGUGGGGAGAGCGCGUCGUUGAAGGAUCCGGUGGUCGAAGUGGAAGCCGUUGAUAUGGCUGGCGUGGAGACGGAAGCGACCAUCAAGACCGAAGAUACGGCUGCUGUGGUGGGCGAGGCGUCCCAUUCUGAGUACGAGACUGAUAGCGAUGGCUCCGGAGAGGAAUGGGAAACUCAGUCCUUGUACGAAGAUGCGAUUCAAGUACUGAAGGAUGAGCAACUUCGUGAUGGCGUACCGGGUGCUUGCACUCUGGAAGAAGCCAUAGCUUAUCGCGAACGACUGCAUGAAAUCGGAAAGGCCGCAUUCGUUGAGGAAACGAUCGCUCGUGAUACAGUCACCGCGAAGAAGUUAUGUACUGCAUUUGGAAUUAUGCCUCCAGCUUUCCUGGAAGGGGCCCCUGACGAAGCAUAUCAUCCUCUUCUUGCGAUUGCAAUUUCUCGCGAAUUCUCGAGGCGGCCGAAACUUCCUCAAUACAAUACAAUCGACGAUGCAGUCCAGUUGCUCAAGGAAUCCAAGAAUAUCAUUGUGUUGACCGGCGCAGGUAUCUCCACGAGUCUUGGAAUCCCCGAUUUUCGCUCCAAAGAUACCGGACUCUAUUCGCAGUUAGAACACCUGGGGCUAAGUGACCCUCAGGAGGUAUUUGAUAUCCAUGUGUUCCGUGAGGAUCCAAGCAUUUUCUUCUCAAUCGCGAAGGAUAUAUUGCCCACGGAGAAGAAAUUUUCGCCCACUCAUGCCUUCAUCCGGCUCCUUCAGGAUCAAGGGAAACUUUUGACCAAUUAUACUCAAAACAUCGACAACAUCGAGGCAAACGCAGGUAUUCUGCCGGAGAAAAUUCUGCAAUGUCAUGGCUCUUUUGCGACAGCUACCUGCGUCAAGUGUCAUCACAAAGUGAAAGGCGAAGAGAUUUUCGACGACAUCAAAAAAGGCAUUGUGCCCGAAUGCAUAGCUUGCAAAGAGAGGCUCGAAGACGAUUCUCUGAAGCCGCAGGGGCUCAAGCGCAAACGCUUGUCCAACGGAACGCAGAAGAGCAGGAAGAAGGACGGUGAGGACAGUUCGGAGGAGGAAGAUUACGAGAUUCCCACUCCCGGCGUCAUGAAGCCUGACAUUACAUUCUUUGGCGAGGACUUGCCCGACGAGUUCGGCCGUCGUCUGCUUCAUCAUGACCGCGAUAAAGUGGACUUGGUCAUCGUGAUUGGUACAUCGUUGAAAGUAGCACCUGUGGCUGAAGUGCCGGGUGUUCUCCCACGCAAUGUUCCCCAGAUCUACAUUUCUCGUACUCCUGUGACACAUACGUGCUUCGAUAUUGACCUCUUGGGUGAUUGCGAUGUGGUAGUCUCCGAGCUGUCUCGCCGGGCCGGAUGGGACCUGAAACAUGACAUGAUACCCCCAGAUGAGAAGGUUGAGAUCACUCCUGUGGAAGGAUAUGAUUCACGACAUUCACCAUAUUGCAUCGUCAAGUUGACAGACGAGGAAGCUGCACGCGGACUUAUUGCUCGUAGCAUUCUAGCAAAAGAUAUCUUCGAGCUUUGGGGCCAAGGUACUAACUAUGAAGACGUUCAUAGCGACGUCCGCAGGCGGACCCAGCAUCGCUGGAACGACUACAAGGAGGUAUCAUUCCGUUUUACCAUCGAGAGCUUCGCUGGAAAGCGAAGUAAUGAAGCGAAACGAGACAUCAUCCAGUCAUUUGCCUAUCUUGACUUCCAGGGUCCUAUUCGGAUGAAGAACCCAGGUGAGGAUUUCUGGGUGCUAGAGGAGUACAUCUCGGACGUUGCAACCUCAAAGACGACGGCCUCACCAGGUCCAACACGGCCAGCUGAAUUUCAGACUCCGCAGAAGAUCUAUUUCGGACGUUGGGUUGCCAAUAGUAGCCGGGAGGUUGUCAACAAGUACGACCUUAAGAAGCGUCGAUAUAUCAGCACCACAUCGAUGGACGCUGAGUUGAGCCUAGUCACUGCUAAUAUGGCUCAUGCAGCGCCCGGGAGGCUGUUCUUUGAUCCAUUUGUGGGAACAGGAAGCUUCUGCGUUGCUGCUGCGCACUUUGGCGCCCUGACUCUCGGCUCGGACAUCGACGGACGUAGCUUUCGCGGCAAAGAGAUGGGAAAGGGUAAACCGAUGGGAGUGCUCUCGAACUUCCAACAAUACGGCACCCAGAGCAAAUUCUUGGACGUCUUCACUUCCGAUCUGACAAAUACGCCACUCCGUUCCAAUCAGUUCCUAGAUGGCAUCGUUUGUGAUCCUCCUUAUGGUGUCCGUGAAGGCCUUCGAGUUUUGGGGACUCGCGAUGGGCGCGGGAAGGAAGAGGUCUUGAUCGACGGAGUCCCAGCUCACCUGCUGCCUGACUACAUCGCACCCAAGAGACCUUAUGGAUUUGAGGCCAUGCAGAAUGACAUCCUCAACUUUGCCUCGCGGAGCUUAGUCACAAAUGGACGGUUGGCUAUGUGGAUGCCAACAUCCAGCGACGAGGAAGGGGAAUUGGCCAUCCCGAUGCAUCCGAACUUGGAGGUUGUGUGCGUCUCUGUACAGCCGUUCAACAACUGGUCCCGACGCCUCAUCACUUACCGCAGACUCCCGGAAGGAGAGACCUCAGAUGUCUCCGUGGGACGCAGGAAAGCUGAUGCAGAGGGUAUGUAUGCCGAUGAGCUUAAUGCCUUCAGGAGAAAGUAUUUCAUGAAGAACCCUAACUCCAAGUCUAAAUCCGGUACAGAAAGCGACGUAUCCGGAUGA